GAACGAUUGAUGAUUGAAGAAUGACAGGUACCUGCCAAGGUUAUUCGUUGCAAAAUAGUUUUUAAAUUACUGCCCGUCUGUCUUGUCUUAUUAUUUGAUAAGAUAACAAUAAUUACAUAAUUUUCCGAAACAAUUAAUUUGAUUGUUAUUAUACUCAAAAAUGGUGUCCAAAUAUAACGGAGUUCCUACUGUGAAGCUUUUGGGUGUACGAGAAAUGCCUAUGAUAGGCCUUGGCACUUAUGCAAGGAAAGCGGAACCUGGCCAGUUCAGACAGGCAGUGGAAUGGGGCAUAGAGGCUGGUUACCGACACAUAGACACCGCAUCUUGUUAUAAGAAUGAAGAGGAAGUGGGCCAAGGAAUUAACAACAAAAUUAAAGAAGGUCUUGUAACAAGAGAAGAACUCUUUGUUACUACUAAGCUCUGGAAUGAUCGCCAUGCUGAAGAUCAAGUGGUUGACUCAUUGAAGGAGUCACUGGCUAGGUUGAACCUAGAUUAUGUUGAUUUGUAUCUAGUGCACUGGCCAGUCUCAACAAAUAGUAAAGGUGAAGAUGCAGAAAUUGAUUAUAUGGAGACCUGGAGAGGUAUGGAAAAGUGUUGCGAGUUGGGACUGACCAAGGGUAUCGGAGUAUCCAAUUUCAAUGAGGAGCAACUUGUACGAGUGUUUGAGAAUGCCACUAUACUACCUGAAGUCAAUCAGAUUGAGAUAAACCCAACAUUCAUUCAGAGUGAAAUGGUGCGUCUUUGCGGGGAUCUUGGAAUAAUACCGGUCGCGUAUACACCCUUGGGUCUCAUAUCGGAAGCCCGACCUGAGUUUAUUGGAAAGGACACAAUCAAAACUGAUCCUGGGCUCGGAGAACUUGCCGAGAAAUAUGAUAAGACACGCGCUCAAAUAGCUUUGAGAUAUUUGACACAACGUGGAAUCCCAGUAAUACCGAAGUCGUUCACAAAAUCUCGAAUUAUAGAGAACUUCGAUAUAUUUGAUUUUGAAUUAACAGCGAAGGAGAUGGACUUUGUGAGUAGUUUCAAUAUCAACCACAGAUGUGUGCCGGCUACUGCCUUCAAAGGACUGAAGAAUUACCCAUUUUAAGAGAAAUUUUAUAGAGCCCAGUGUAUAGUUUUAAGAUUUAUAGGGUUUUUUUAGCUUUUAAACAGGGUUUUUACGCAAACAAGGUCUGUUUUGGUAAUGAUUAUGUGAUAUUAAGUAUAAGAAGUACAGUCUCCUUGUUAAUACUCUACAUAGUUGGGUUAAGAUAAGGAAUAAAAAAAUAUGUUAACAUUUUUACAAAAUUACAAAUAUAUUAUGUUUUGUUUUGGUU